AAUGGGAAGUAUAGAAGCCAAAGAAUUAGUUGGCUGGGCUCCUACUUCUCUUAGAUCUUGGGAGAAAAUGACUAUAAAAGAGGCAACUGUUGUAUGGUUAACUUGUAGGAAUUUAGCUCCAUCCAAAAUUAAUGAUAAAAGACUCGGAUUUUAUUUCAGAUUAUUUAACUUCUUUCCCGAUGAUUAUGUAGGAUCGUUAUCUCCGUCGAGAAGGAGGAUGUUACAAACUAUGAUGGCCUUUUGUACCGAUUGUAAAGUAAUCUGUUUAGAACAGCCUCAUACAAGUUUGACUGUUAGCGAUCAGGAAGAUUUAACAACAAUAUUGGAUUAUUUAUCAAAGGGAAGAACAAUAUUAAUUAGCAUGGAACCAGAUAGCUUAAUAGAAGAGAUAGCUCAUAAAGUAUUAUUAUUAUAUAGGGGAAAAGUUCUUUUCUAUGAUUCUGUCUAUAAUUUAAAAAUGAUGUUGGCUAAAUAUUUAUGCGUAUACAUUCAUAAGGAAGGAGAGGAUUUAUUAAUUGAAGCCCCUCUUGACGAUAUAAUCCAGACAGAUUCCCUAACCGAUAUAAAUACUUCAGUUGAACAAGAACAACCUUUAAUAGCUAAUUUAACAAAAAUUCACGAUAAUAUGAAUAUUAUUGGCUACUCUUUAAUGUUUUCAGAAAAUGGAAGACAAUACAUUCCAACAUUUUGGAAGAUAUUUGAAGAGAAAUAUAAAAAUUGUCAUAUAGAAGUUACUACUCUUUUGGGCAAAUACGAUAAAAAUACUAAAAGAAAAAUGACAUUAUUCAAGAAAACUGUUAUAAAAAUUGGUAGAAUGAAUAACUUAGCUUACAGAAAACCGUUUAAAUUGUUAUUAAUAUUCUUUCUAUUACCAAUUUGUAUGGUUAUAAGACUAAUACCUUUAUAUAAAGAUGCUAAUAAAGUUUCUAGUAUUCAAUCAAUUGUCUAUAAUAUAGAUACUUUAAAACUAGAAUCUUCUAUUAUACCUCUCUUUUGCUAUUCAAACUGUACAAAUGGCAUUUUAAAUAAGACAGCUGAAAUUGCCAUUGAAUUAUUGAAUGAAAAUGGUUUAUUUUUUGACAAUCCAGUAUUAGAAAAAGAGAUUGAUAGUAAUAUAACUAAAAAUAUCCUUUCAUUGAUGGGUGGUAUUUUUAUGAGUAAUAGAAUUGCGGCUGUUGUAUUGAUACCGAAUGUUAGAACGCCUAAAUACGAAGCUUUAAAUUCACUUAUCGCAUGGGAAGGAUUUCUUGAAGCAGUCUCUUGUUUUCCUACUCUUUUCUUUUGUACAGGACUUAAGAAACUUAAAUUGAAAAUUGAAGUUAGAAGGCAACUUUUGUUAAUUUGGUUAUUGUUACCUAUUGGGGCUAUCCACUCUAUUCAUCUUAUAAGUAGACGUGUUGCCUAUCAACUCAUAUAUGUAUUGAAAUUUAUCAGUCCUGUUGCAUUGGUCCAUAAUAAUUUUGCCUUUUCUAGUCAAUUAAUAAGAGAUAUUCUCAAUCAAUCAGUGGAAUGGGAGAGUGCAAUCUUAGUUUACAGAGAAAUGAUAAUCUCUGAUUUGUUCAUCUCUCUCUAUCAAUCUGCGAUUUGUUUUAUAAUAUAUUUGGUAGUAAUUGAUUGGGCAAUAAUAAAAAUGAAACUAUCAAAGCUUGGACCAGCACGAUUCAACAGUGCUCAAUUGUUUAGACGACGCCGUUGGGUCUUGAAAAAUUCUGCAGUUCAAUUAUUGGGAGUAAUAGAUCAACAGAAAUAUUACGACAGUGACUCUGUCCGCCCAUUCUUAGAUACUGCUGUAAAGUGGGAAAAAUUAAAGAUUUACUCAAAAUUUAAUUGGGCAACUGUAAAAUUAGGCAAUGUUUCCAUAAAUACCACUCCGAGGGUAGACUUGAAUUUGAAAGAGGGUGAGAGCAUCCUGAUCUUCGGUGUUGGAGAAAAUUCGGGAAAAUAUGAACUUUUUGAGACCAUAGUUGGUCAACGACGGCUGGCGGGCGAGUCUAUUGUCAGAGUUUUCCGAAAGUCAAUGUACGAUAUGGGAUUUGAUAUCUUUUCAUCGAUUGGCUAUUUACCAGACUCUUCGGAAGGUUGGAAUAUGGAUAAACUAUUAACAACUGCUGAAGCUCUAUACUGGACUGCAAGACUUCGAAAUGUUAAAGCAAAUGAGACAGAUUUCUAUUUGUUAAGCCUAAUAAAUAUAUUUGGUAUAUCCAACUGUUUUCAUACUUUACUUGUUGAACUUCCAAUUGAACAAAUGCGUCUUGUUCAGAUAGCCUGUGCUAUUGUCGGUUUACCCAAGAUAAUUGUUCUAAAUGAACCUUUUCUGGGUUUAGGAUUAGGAGCCAAGCAAAGGGUUUUAAGAAUUCUCACAGAUCUUAAAGAAUUAAAUCAUACAAUCAUCAUAGGAUCAACCAGCACUGAUGAAGCUGAACAACUUUGCGACCGACUCAUAGUUAUGUACGAAGGGACAAAUUUAAUAACCGGUAAAAUAAGGGACGUAAGAAAUACUUUUUUACCUGGUCACCACAUAACUAUUCGAUUUAGUACUGAAAAGUAUAUUUCUCACAUAGCGAAACUGUGGAGUUAUCCUUUUGAAGUUAUUCGAAAGGGUAAGAAUUUGAUAGAGCUAUAUGCUGAUAAUACGAUUCAAUUAUCAGAGAUAUAUGAAAAUGUUCAAGUAGGUAUUCAGAGCUUCCCGGCAGUUGAUAUUUAUCACUUAGUAACCAGACCAAGUUUAAGCAUGGUAAUAGAAGCAGCCGUUGCAAUCCUUAGUCAAAAUGCAACUAAUCAAAAUCAGGAAAUAGAAACUAUUCAAAGACGAUAA